UUUUCUUUAUUUGCAAAAAUAAAAAGAAGAGAAAACAAAAUUUGAGAAACCCUAGGUCUUCUUCUUCCUCCAUCGCAGUCGCAGCUCAGGGUGGUUGAACGGCGCCGACCUAAACCUCGAAACCCUAGCGACGUGGUUAUUGGAAUCGGAGUAUUUAUGGGGAAGAGGAAGAAGAGAGUCGCUUCAAAAGUAUGGUGUUAUUACUGCGAUCGUGAAUUCGACGACGAGAAGAUCUUGGUUCAGCAUCAGAAAGCUAAGCACUUUAAGUGCCAUGUUUGUCAUAAGAAGCUUUCAACUGCUGGUGGUAUGUCCAUUCACGUUCUCCAGGUCCACAAGGAAAACGUCACCAAGGUGCCAAAUGCAAAACCUGGUAGAGAGAGUACAGAUGUUGAAAUACAUGGAAUGCAAGGGAUUCCACCAGAUGUAUUGGCUUCUCAUUAUGGAGAUGAAGAUGACGAUGUUCCACCAAAGACAGGCAAGGUGGAUAUCCCAUCAUCUCCAUUUUUAGGUGGAAUGGUGCCACCUCCUAUGGGUGCUGGAUAUCCUCCACGAUCAAUGUUGGGAACAAUUCGACCAAUUUAUAAUCCUGCUCUACCGGUACCUCCUAAUGCUUGGGGAGUGGCUCCACCUCGACCUCAGCAAUGGUUUCCUCAGCCUCCAGCUGCUUCAAUUCCCCCUCCUGUUCCAUACGCACAUCAACCAUUAUUUCCCGUGCAGAAUGUGAGGCCUCCAAUGCCAUCAACUAAUUCACCCGCAUUUCAAACUCAGAUUACUCCUCCCGGACUGCCAACAUCUACACCUUCUGUCCCAGUUUCACAGCCUUUAUUUCCCGUUGUUGGAAAUAAUCACACAACUGCUCAAAGUUCACCAUUUUCUGCUGCACCUCUGUCAUCAGCUGUUCCAUCAGUAACUCCUGUAUUUUCUUCAAAUGUCCCUAUUGAUGCACAUUUGGGCAUCAACUCUUCUGUGACAAGUAACUAUCAAGCAAUAGGGCUUCAAGGCGGGACAGCAAGUAACUCACAUUCUUAUGCGUCUGGCCCAAAUACCGGUGGUCCUUCAAUUGGACCUCCCCCAGUAAUCUCAAACAAAGCUCCUGCUUCUCAGCCUGCCACUAACGAAGUCUACUUAGUUUGGGAUGACGAGGCAAUGUCCAUGGAGGAAAGAAGAAUGUCUUUAACAAAAUAUCAGGUGCAUGAUGAAAGUAGCCAGGUAAGUCAUACUACCUUUUUAAUACUUGGAGUUGCUUUCACAUCUAACCAGAUGAGUAGGCUUUAUGAUUUCUGUUUUCAGAUUCAGUUGUUUACAUGUAUUUAAAGAGGUACAUUCUGUAUAAGUUUCUAAUCAUUUUAACACAAUAAAUGGCUAAAAUCAAAUGAUCAUUUUACUCCUCCCUCUUGCUUCCCAUCUAAAUGGAUAUUUUACAUUUUUUAAAGGGCCAAUGUGGCUAUGAGCUGUGCCUCCAAUUUUGUGGUCAUCUAAAGAUUCAAGUAGCUAUUCUACUAAUUCUGUUUAGUUAAUUUUAACAACAUAAUUUGUGAAGCUUGCUGCAUACAAUCAACUUCGUGAUCCUUCAUCUUAUUGAAUUGUGUAAUUCAGGUUAGUUUAAACAGUUAAAAGUAGUUAGUUGUUAGUAAAAGUGUUAAACAUAAUGCCAGUUAAAAGGGUAACAGAAUUCUGUUAGUGAUGUCUAGCACAAGUGUUACUCAAUUGUGAAUAAAUUUGUGAUUCAUUGAAUAUAGUAUAACACAAGUGCAUUUUAUCUAUCUGUCCAAAUUCUAUAACUCUUCUCAAGUUUGAGUCACAAACUGUUCAGUGUGUGCUGUGUCAACGCAUCCCAGCCUUUGAACACGAUAAAAGAGUAUGUAUGAUUUUUGUUGGGUUUGGUUUUACCAAUGUUAUUGUUUUUUUCCUCUUGUUUUAUUCCAAAGUUUGGGGUUUUGGGUGGAGAAUAAUCUUUACCCAACAGAUUUUUGCUCAUUCGUAGCAUGAUUACAAUUUAUUUUAUGGAACAAGUGAAAUUCAGACUUGACCCAGGUCAGCUUCUUUCGUAGAGUUUGGAUCUCUUGCAUAAGACCAUGCUCCAAAAUAAUUUAUUUGUUGUUAUUUACGGUCUAUGACUUCUUGUUCAUCAGUAUUAUUAUGUUUAUCUUGCAGAUGAGCUCCAUUGACGCAGCCAUAGAUAAGAGGAUACUUGAAAGCAGACUGGCUGGGCGUAUGGCAUUUUAGGUCAAUCUCAUCCUUGUACACUUAUCAAAUUUCUUCUAGCAUAUGGGGCGUAUGGCAUUUUUGGUCAAUCUCAUCCCUGUACACUUGUCAAAUUUGUUCUAGCAUAUGGGCUGAAAAUGGCAUUUUAUUAAGCUUCUGAAAACCAGCAUUCAACAUUUUCCUUAAAUUAAUUGAUGAAGUUGCCAUUCUUUGCUAAAAUGGGCAAAAUAGCCCUUCAGUCAUACUUGAAAUAGAUUUGAAAGGGUUAUCUGACAAUAUUUAGGCAUGCGAAGUUGCAGACUUUGUUUAUUUAUAUUUUCCUACUUGUAUUCAAACUUUAGGACAUGAUAUAUCUCUUGUAUACUUUUAUUUACAUGUCUUGAUUUUGGGAGAAAAUGACUGCAUUUCUUCUUUUAUUA